UUGAAUUCAUUACAGGCAUUUUGUAAUUGUUGUUUAUUUAUAUUGAAAAAUGAUUAUGAAACAGAACUAUUCAAUAAUGUAAUAAGUUUUUUUUGUUAUCGGUUUGCAGAAAAUUGAGCCAAUAUAAUAUUUGCUGCACGGCUAUUUACUUAUUACAAUAGUUAAUAUGGUGUUUGUAGUUCUUAUUGUUAUACAGACAAUUCUGUUUUUGAAUAGAGCUAUUUGUGAUGAAUUUAAUUUGUCCGGUGAAGCUGGUCAAGCCUAUGCAUUGGAGGUUCACGUGGGACAUCCACCACAAAAGCUUAAUGUCCUAGUUGACACUGGAAGUGCAACACUAGCUAUUGCUUCAUAUCCUAGAAAAGAAAACGACAUUUACUUUCACACAGUCAGCUCCAGCAGUUUGAUCAAUAGCGGCAAACAGGUUCAAGCUAAAUACUCACAAGGAAAUUGGAGUGGACAUUUAGCGUCUGAUUUCAUAUCAUUUCCAUCACUGCAUUUAGUACCUGAAGUCAGAAGUGAUAUUGCUCUGAUAACUAAAAGCCAUAAGUUCUUUAUGAAUGGAUCUGGAUGGCAGGGUCUUCUUGGCUUGGCAUAUCUACCUGUAGCUGCAUGGGGCGAUAAUGCAGUUGUUGGUCCCUGGCUUGAUUUUGUGGAUAAAAUUCAAAAGAAGCCAAUGUCUUUUCUUCUGAAGUUAUGUGGAACUCAAAGCCAAACUAAUGCGACACAUUAUGGAAGUUUUAAAAUGUUUGGUGAUGACAAUGUGAAACCAGACAAUAAUUUUGUAUUCAGAACACCUAUUCUUAGAAAACGAUGGUAUGAAGUUGGUGUGCUAUCAGUCCGGUUAUUGAAUUAUACUAACACCAAAAAAGAUGUUAUAAAUAAUAUGGAGAAAGACAGAAAUGAUACUCAUGGAGUUAGUAAUAUUGAUAUAGAAAGUUGCAGAGAAUUAAAUAGUGAGAAAAGUAUAGUAGAUAGUGGCACAACUAGUAUUACAUUGCCAAACAAAAUUUUUAGACAGGUUGUUGAUGAACUCAAAGGUGCAGCUCAAAACUCAAAUAUGCUGAUUUUAGAUGAGUUUUGGUAUCGGGGAGAGGCAGCUUGUUGGCCAGAACCUCAGGAGUGGUCAUUACCCUGGAUUGGAAUCGAUCUACUCAGCUACGAAGCUGAUAACCAAUAUUUUACAUUGGAAAUACCAUCACAGAAUUUUAUGCGUGUAGUAACCGCAAAUAACAACAGCGGAGGAACGGGCACAGUGUCUGAGUUUUGUUACAAGCUGGGCUUGGAAGCAAGUGGAAAGGAGACAGUGCUUGGUUAUACUGCAAUGGAAGGAUUACAGGUACUAUUUAAUCGCUCAGCGGGCUGGAUCGGCUGGCAAGAAUCCGAUUGUGGUUCAAACGCAAGGGUCACCGGUCCGUACAACGCGUCAACUUCACUACUGCUUGUAUGUAGUCUAACGAGGCCCUUACCUGACGUCAAUGUGUCUAUCAAAGCGGCGCAGUGGACUUUGUGUGUUAUAUCUAUAGUUGCCGCCGCUGUAUUGGUAUAUCUGUUGGCACCGUGCGUCAAGAUGUUUCUCAUCAAACCACUGCCGAUCGCUCAACAGAUAUCUUUGUCGCAAGCGGCGCUAGUUGAACAGGAGAACGCGUAAUUUUGCCGUCCGAGGCCCAACCGUAAAAAAAAUAGUAUUAUUUCUCUAUUUCUCAUGUGGUCUGCAGGCAGGUCGUACAUAACGUAUCAUUUUUGACAAAAAUAUUAUUUGUAAUAUUAAAGUAGCCGAAAGACAAUCUGCUAUCUCUUUUACAUGGUAUUGAGGUGAUCGAGAAUACCACGUGAUUAAGCCACGCCCAUAUUAUUUCAAUGCUAACUGUUUUAGAAUCAUUAAUAGGUUUACCUACACCCAUGCUUUAAAUCGUCUAUUAAAGAUUCUGAAACAGUUAGCUUAUUGCCAACAUUAAAACACCCAAUGUUCUAAUAACCAUAACAUCACCCAAACGAGUGUUGUAAUGUUGUACUGAAUUUCAUAACAACACUCCUAUUUUUUUUUUCAUUCCCUUCAUGCUCGAAGAGUUUUAACAGACAGCCACAUUCUUAUUGCUCGAUGCGUGGCAUCUGUAUGAAUUUCAAAAAAAGAACAUUUUGGUUUACGCGUGUUCCACACCACCAGAACGUCGCGCGCCGUAAAAAAAAAGUAGGUUAUUCGAAUCCCCGCCAUUUUUCUUCGAUAUUUUUAUUAUUU